AUUUAAUCUAUUCUGUGACUAUAUCGUCUAUAUCAACUAUCAAGUCAAUAGCUGCAUUCAAAUCAUACAUCGGGCAAAGAGCAAAGAGCAUUGAUGCCAUUGAUUGUCAGUAGCCAGUAGCCAGUAAUACUAAUAUUUGUAUUAAGUUCAGUCAUUUAUUGUUUCUUAAUUAUUUUAAAAAAAAUUUUAUUUAAUUUUGCAACAUGCCUCAUUUUCGUUUGGAAACAAAUAUAUCCAAGUCUAAAAUAACAUCGGAAGUAUUGAAAAAGAUUUCUGCAGCUGUGGCCAAAACUCUUGGAAAACCAGAAUCAUAUGUAGUUGUAACUAUUGUGCCUGACCAACUUAUGGCAUGGGGUGGAGAUGAUACGCCCUGUGGUACAGCUACAUUAAUGAGCAUCGGUUGCCUAGGCGUUGAACAGAAUAAGAAACAUGCCGCCUUAUUGUAUCCUCUUUUAAAAAAAGAACUAGGCAUUCCAGAUGACAGAUUAUACAUAGUGUUUUCGGACCAAAGUUCAUCCAAUGUUGGUUAUACCGGAACAACCUUUCAAACAAUUUUCGGAUGAUAAAUAUGCAAGGAAUAGAAAACACCACCAAUUCAGAUUUUUUUUAAUUUUACUGACUGAUCAUCUAAACUUUAUUGUCAAAUCCUAAAAAAUUGUUUUAAAAUUAUAAUAGUAAAAGUAAAAUGAAUGGUAAAUGUAAUGUAUAUGUAUUACAUUGACUUAUA